GGCCAAGACCAUCAAGAACACGGCGUCGGUGAACCUGGAGCUGACGGCGGAGCAGUGGAAGAAGAAGUACGAGAAGGAGAAGGAGAAGAACAAGGCGCUGAAGGAGACCAUCGCGAAGCUGGAGGCUGAGCUCAGCCGCUGGUGCCAGCCCGUGGGGUGCCCGCAGGCGACAACGCUGUCCCUGGAGACGGAGCUGCAGCGGGUGCGGGAGCUGGGGGGGCAGCAGCGCAAGCGGGCGGCCGAGGUGCUCAACGGGCUGAUGAAGGACCUGAGCGAGUUCAGCCUCAUCGUGGGCAACGGCGAGAUCAAGCUGCCGGUGGAGGUGAGCGGGGCCAUCGAGGAGGAGUUCACGGUCGCCCGGCUCUACAUCAGCAAGAUCAAGUCGGAGGUGAAGUCGGUGGUGAAGCGGUGCCGGCAGCUGGAGAACCUGCAGGUGGAAUGUCACCGCAAGAUGGAGGUCACCGGGCGCGAGCUCUCCUCCUGCCAGCUCCUCAUCUCCCAGCACGAGGCGAAGAUCCGGUCGCUGACGGAGUACAUGCAGACGGUGGAGCUGAAGAAGAGGAACCUGGAGGAGUCCUACGAUGCCCUCAACCUGCGUUGUGAGCUUCCGAAGCUGGAGAAACGCCUGCGGGCUACGGCUGGGCGAGUGCAGGCCCUGGAGGGUGCGCUGAGGGAGGCCAAGGAGGGCGCCCGCCUCGACAAGCGCCGCUACCAGCAGGAGGUGGAACGGAUCCGGGAGGGAACAGACAUCCCCUAUAGGCACCACACGUCCCCUAUUGUGCGUCAUGUGUCCCCUGGAGGGAUCAUAUAUAUCCCCUAG